AUUCCGGGUCCAAAGGUUCCCGGGGCCGGCGGCGGCUCCGGCCGGGAGCGAUUCCCGGGAUCCGGCCUCGGCUGGGAAUCAGGAACGGGAAUGGGAAUGGGAACAGGAAUGGGAACGGGAACGGGAAUGGGAACGGGAACGGGAAUGGGAAUGGGAAUCCCGCUGCUGCUGCUGCUCCCGGUGCUCCAUCCCGCGGCGGGGAAUGUCCACGAGCCUCUGCUGAUCCUGGAGGGGCCGGAGCAGGGCGGGAUCCGGCUCCGGUGCCUCUCGGAGCGCCCCUUCUCCGAUGUCCAGCUGCUGUGGACAGACGGGAAGGGGGAAAACCUGACGGGAAUUCCGGCGCCGACGGACACCGGGAGUGCCGGCAGCUCCCUGCUGCUCCGGCCGGGAUCCGGGAACGCCGCGUCCUGCAGGAUCCUGGACCCCCGGCUCCAGACGGCCUCGGAAUCUUCUGUCAUCAUCGCCGAUGUUUUCUUCCCGGCCACGUCCCCCUGGCUCCCGGCGUUCCUGAUGCUGCUCGUCCUCGGCGUCUUCCUGCUGCUGGCGGCCGCCUACAAACUGCGCCAGAACCAGCAGCUCCUGGCUCGCGAGCGGAAGAACCAGCAGGAGAUCCAGGAGGAGAUCGAGGAUCUCAAGGGGGAGCUGGAGGAGGAGAUUGGAAAAUUCCAGAAGGAGAACCAGGAGAUGGAGAAGAAAAUCGGGCACAUCCAGGCCCAGUUGGGAUUCAGACGGGCUCAGAGUAAUGCAGUCUCCCUGACCCUGGACGAGCACUGCAAACACCCCGACCUCGUGAUCCAGGGAAAAUCCUGGAUCGUCACCUCCAAGCUGGGAUCCAAGAUCCAUCCCAAAGCCGUGGUGGUGGCCCGGGAAGGCUUUUCCGAAGGGAAGAGCUACUGGGAAGUGGAGGUGGGGGACGGAUCCGACUGGGAGCUGGGCGUGCUGGGGGAGGAGAUCCGGGAUUCCCUGCGGAACAACGGUGGCCGCUUCCCGGAGGAGACGGUGCCGGGGCUGGAGUAUUCCCAGGGGGAAUUCCGCCUCCCCGGCGGGAAGCUGGAGCGCAAUUCCGGGAGCUGCCGCGUGCUCGGGGUCCUCCUGGACCAGGAAUCCCGCACCCUCUCCUUCUUCGACGCCGAGGAGAAGCAGCGCCUGGGACUCCUCCCCUUGAAACUUCCCGGGAAUCUCUUCCCGUUCUUCAGCCCCAGCUCCGACGGGAAAGCUCUGGGGAUCCGCCCCGUGGGGGUUGGAGGGCCCCAGCAGUGACCUUUUAAUAUUCGCUUUAUUUUAAUAACUGAAUUCCCUUUUGAACGUCCCAAUUAUUCCCUUUAAAAUAGCCCAAUUGUUCCUUUUUAAUAUUCAAUUUAUUCCCUUUUAAUAUUCAAAUACCCCCUUCUAAUAUUCCAAUUAUUCCCUUUUUAGUAUUCCAAUCAUUUUCUUUUAAUAGUCAAAUUAUUCCCUUUUAAUAUUUUAAUUAUUUCUUUCAAAUGCCCCAAUUAGUCCCUUUUAAAUAUUCAGAUUAUUCCUUUCAAAUAUUCAAAUAAUCCUUUUAAAACGUCCUAAUUAGUCCAUUUUAAUAUUCAAAAAAUCCCAUUUUAAAUAUUAAAACCACCCAUUUUAAAUAGUCAAAUUAUUCUGUUUUAAAUAUUCUAAUCACUCCUUUUAAAUAUUCCAAUUAGUCCUUUUAAAAUAUCCUAAUUACUCCCUUUUAAAUAUUCAAAUUAUCUCCUUUUAAAAUAUUCACUUUAUUAUCUUUUAAUAUUCAGAUACCCCACUUUUAAUAUUCAGAUUAUUCCCUUGUUAGUA